AUGGCCCAAGAAGUCAGCCUGAAAUCCCUCCGGGAAUCAGAACGCGAGGUGAUCCUCCAGGUCCUGCACCGGGACCGGGAGGUUCAAAGCAUCGAGGCGGAAAGGAUACGCUUCGGGGAUGGAAUUUGGCUGGCAUCUGUCCUUCCAUCCAAUUGCUUCCUAUCAUUUAACUCUCUGGGCCACAGGAAACUGAAGACACACUUGCAGCAUCUCAGAUGGAAAGGCUCGAAGAGCGGGAGCCAGGAGUACAAAGAGAAGUCCUGUGCCCGCUGCCAGCAGGCCCUGGGGCUCCUGCUGAACCGGGCGGCCGUGUGCCAGGGCUGCAGCCACCGCGUGUGCGCCAAGUGCCGAGUGUUCCUGAGGACGACCCGGGCCUGGAAGUGCACCGUGUGCUUUGAGGACAGAAACGUGAAAAUAAAAACCGGAGAAUGGUUCUUUGAGGAACGAGCCAAGAAAUUUCCAACUGAAGGCAAGCACGAGACCGCUGGAGCAAAGCUCUUGCAAUCUUAUCAGAAGCUGAGCAAUAUUUCCGUGGUUCCUCCUACUCCACCCCCUCUCAGUGAAAGCCAGUGCGGCGGCAGCCCUGGCCGAUUCCAGGAAUUUGGUCAGUUUAAAGGAUUUAAUAAGUCUGUGGAAAAUUUGUUUCUGUCUGUUACCACCCACAUGAAAAAACUCUCCAAGUCGCAGAAUGACGUGACCUCUGACACGCGACGCCCGGCUGUGGGUCCCAGGCAGUGUGAGGGCUGGUCGGAGAGGAGAAGCCAGUCCGACACCGCGGUCAACGUCACCACCAGGGAGGCCAGCACACCAGGUAUUCUGAAACCGCUUAAUCAAGAGAGUCCCAAAUGCCCUACUAGCCCGAUUUUGAAGAAAGAGGAUAUCUCAUCCCGUCCAGCGCCCAGCACUUUAUCCUCAGGAGGCUUGAGACACGGAAGUUUAAUUAGCAUUAACAGCACGUGUACAGAGAUGGGCAAUUUUGACAACGCUAAUGUCACUGGAGAGAUAGAAUUUGCCAUUCGCUACUGCUUCAGAACUCAUUCCUUAGAGAUAUGCAUCAAGGCCUGUAAGAACCUUGCCUAUGGGGAGGAAAAGAAGAAAAAGUGCAAUCCGUAUGUAAAGACCUAUCUGCUGCCUGACAGAUCCUCCCAGGGAAAACGCAAGACUGGAGUCCAAAGGAACACGGUGGAGCCGACCUUUCAGGAGACCUUGAAGUACCAGGUGCAGCCCGCCCAGCUGGCGACCCGGCAGCUGUGGGUGUCUGUGUGGCACCUGGGCAGGCUCGCCCGGCGGGUGUUUCUUGGAGAAGUGAUCAUCCCUCUGGCCACGUGGGACUUUGAGGACCGCACGACCCAGUCUGCCCGCUGGUAUCCGCUCCAGGCCAAGGCAGAGAAAGACGAAGACAGCGUUCCCACCAAUAACGGAGAACUUGUAGUCCGGGCCAAGCUGGUCCUCCCUGCAGGGCCCAGAAAUCUCCAGGAGGCUCAGGAAGGGACGGCAGAUCAGCCAUCACGGAACGGUCAGCUCUGUUUGGUAGUGCUGGGAGCCAAGAAUUUACCUGUGCGCUCAGACGGUACCUUAAACUCAUUUGUUAAGGGCUGUCUCACUCUGCCAGACCAGCGGAGGUUGAGACUGAAGUCCCCCGUCCUGAAGAAGCAAGCCUGUCCCCAGUGGAAGCACUCCUUCGUUUUCAAAGGGGUCACCGCUUCUCAGCUGAGGCAGUCCACCCUAGAAUUAACCGUUUGGGACCAGGCCACCUUCGGCGUGAACGACCGCUUGCUGGGAGGCGCCAGGCUUGGUUCCGCGGAAGAGCCGGCGGGCGGCGCAGACUCAAAGCUCCAAUGGCAGAAAGUACUUUCCAGCCCCAACCGGUGGACCGACGUGACCCUCCCCCUGCACUGACCGGAGGCUCCGGGCGCAGCGGGGCUUCAGGUGCCGGGGCCCGAGGGUCGGCUGCGGGGCCGGGCGU